AUAGAAAAAUCAGAAAUUGUGUAUGCAAAAACUGCGCAUGUCUCGAGCUAGCUGUGUUGGACGACAACAAAUAAAGUUACAUUUCUUUCGAUGUUCCAGUUUAGCUGAAAAUGAAUCAAUCAGAACAGGCAUCGUUAUUGCUGAAAAGACAGCUACAAGAUUUAGCUAAACAACCUGUGGAUGGAUUUUCUGCUGGACUUGUAGAUGAUGAUGAUCUUUUCAAAUGGGAGGUGUUGGUCAUAGGACCUCCUGAUACAUUCUAUGAGGGUGGAUACUUCAAAGCAAAUUUAAAUUUUCCAAAGGAAUACCCGCAGAAGCCACCUAAAAUGAAAUUCAUCUCAGAUAUUUGGCAUCCAAAUAUUGGCAAGGAUGGUGAUGUAUGUAUCUCAAUACUCCAUGAUCCCGGUGAAGACAAGUGGGGUUACGAGAGGCCUUCAGAACGCUGGUUACCAAUUCACACGGUCGAGACCAUACUCAUCAGUGUAAUUUCAAUGUUAGCAGACCCCAACGAUGAAUCACCCGCAAAUGUAGAUGCUGCUAAAGACUGGAGGUCAGACUACCAUGGGGCCUUCAAGGCGAAUGUGAAACGGUGUGUGAGAAAAAGUCAGGACUUGAUUUAAAGCUUCGAAAAUCUUUAUAUAUUUCUUUUCUCUUACCUGAAGGUUAUGUUACUUCAGUGCAUACCACAGAAAGAGAAACAUUGACAAAAUAACCUAGAUCCAAAUUUUUAGGUUUGGAAAGGACAAAUAGGGAUAUGUUUUGGACUGAUAUGCUGCUACUGGAAGAGAUGUUUUAUGAAGUAGGGAUUGGCAAGAGGAUCCCUGCUUUGGUGCACCAAAGUGUGUCUAGAUACCUGGCCUUAUCAACUUGAUCAUCACAGAAGGAUACAGAUGACAUUCUUGUGCACAAUAGCCAGUCUUCUAGUAGGUAUAGAUCAUUGAAAGAUAAGACACGAGGUGAAACAUACGGAGGAACAGAUGCUAAUUAUAAGUGUGGCUCCUACCAGCUCGGAGAGACGUGUGAGAUUUCAUGUAGAAGCCGUCAGCAACUUAGCAUAUUCCCUUCUCGUAGGUUUCAUAUGGUUUGAUUUGUAAUGAGAUAAGAAUAUUUAAGAGCACUUUAAAUUCAUGGGAAUACAUUUGAUUUGGUGUGUUCAUCUUCAUUCAAUCCUGUAAAUAUGACGAUGAUGAUUUCGAGAAUGCCUGUCCCCCUUCCAAAUCGUCUGCAAUAUGUUCUUUUCGAGGUGAUUUGCCUUGGAUCUGUAGCGUAAUAUUGAAUUCUUCAUUGUAAAUGAAAACCAGUGAAUGUUGUGUAUAAUGCAGGCACGUCAGGAGUCUUUGCACAUCAAAUGGUUGUCUUUGCCGGAACCGUCCACGUAGUUACAGCCAAACCAGGGAAAAUGAGUUUAUCCCGUUUUAUUCUUCUGAUUACUAACUUGGUGAGGGGCAUAAUCUGUAUAUGUUUAUAACGACUACCCAGGGGAAGGUGUUUGAUAUGGCCAUGAAUUCAAUUUGAUAUGAAUUCUCCCAAACUUUAAUUGAUGUCAUAUAUGCUUCUUUUAUUAUGGUGAAACGGCACAAUCCCAGUAUUCAAGGCAGCAUUCAAAAUGUCAUUUUAUGCUUAGUAGACAGACACACACAGUAUGUUUUACAAUGUUUACACAGAUCCCUUAUUCUUAAUGCCUGAACAAUCCUGAUAUACUUUUGCUGAAUUACGAUGAUCACAGUUCGGCCCAUGAUUCAGCAAGUGUUCAAAAUCAGGGGCCCGUCUUACAAAGACUUGCAAUUGAUCCGAUCGCAACUAUGGAAAGCCAGCAAAAGCAACAUAUAAAAUGCAUGUUUGCUCAAUUUUUUUUCUAGAUAUGGGGAUUAUAAAUGUAUAUCCAUAAAUUCAUUGAUUUCUUGACAGUUCAGUGUGUUCUUCUUUGUUUACAAAGGACAUUUUGCACAUUUCCUGUUGAAAAAAUAAUGACACUGAUGGAUUUCCAUAGAGUUACGCUUGAUUGGAUCAGUCGUAACUCUUUGUAUGUAAGACGGGGCCCUGGUUGACAUAGCCCAUCUCUCAGAUACUGUGCAAAUUAUAGCAACGUACUGUGGUGAUGGUACUUUCUCAUCGGAUAAAGAAGUGAAGGGCCAAACUAUCUUGAUAUGCAAUGGCUUGCCCCUUCAAACCUUUCCUUGAUCGGGAUGUUCCAGUAACACUGUACAAUAAAGUCAUGCAUCCAAUGUACAGUGUAGCUAUUUCUUCUUCAUGAAGGGAAAGUCUAGAGAUCUCGUCAGCUCAUCUGGAGGUGGGAGUUUCCCCAUUCUCCUGAUGACUGAUUGCUAGAUCAUCGUAUGGCAUGCUGUUCAAGCAAUUUAAGCAAACUGCAGCCAUGUGAACUGACGUACUCUUCAUUGGUAUUGGUGUGUGCAUAUUAUUGUCUUCAAUCUUCGUAUUGAAUAAGCCAGUGAGUAUGUCGUUAGCAACGUGGAGACUGGGAUGGUGCCUUUCAUGCAGAAAAAAGUUAUCGAUUUGUUUGUACCUUUAUGUUGAUUUGAUCAGAAAUGCUGAAAGCAUUCUUGGUGAAAAGCUGACCAUGUUUGUUUGUUUUGUUUUUUUAACCAAAAUUAUUUCUUUGUGUACUUCAUCUACCCAUAUGAACACACACACACACAAGGGAACUCCUCUCCUUUUUCCUAAAUAAUUUUUUUUUUCCUUCAAAAAAUGCUAUGAGCAAACUAAUUAGGCAGGAGCGUUUCUGCACUCCUUGACUAAUGCUUUGUGAAUAUGAGAUUGAGUCGAACAUGAUGUGAAAUUUAAAUAGGCCCAUAAAUUGAAAGGUAUUACUAUGUUGAUAAAUUUUGUUUAUUGUUGGAUAGAAUAUGUAGUGGAACAUUCAUUGUGCCAAUGCAUAGAGGGUUGGUAUUAGGAAGGCUGUAACUCAAAAGUAGUGAUUUUGAGAAAAACAUUUUCCUCAUAUUCAAAUCUGUUUAAGUGUUCAAGUGUUACUUACUUCAGUAUGCAGUAGGAAGUUGAAUUGAGCUGGCUUUAUGGUUUUCAGAAUCUGCAGGUGUUGCUGAUUAUUUUGGUGCCAAAAUCUCAAAAUGGAUAAAAAAGUGAGUUACACCCUUCUGUCUUUCAGCCCUUGACACCGUUGCACACUCAUUGCACCGCAUGAUUUUCAAAACUCAUGUACAUAAUAAGAACGGCAAUCAAAGAAAACUUGAUUUCCAGAUAUCUUCCACGUAAUUUGGUCCAGCUCUAGAUGAAUCUCUACCUCUUUAAUGUUUUUUUUCCCAAAAAACUUUAGUGGAUUUUCAUCAUUAAAUAUACCGUAUUUUGACCGAUUCCAUACUGUAAUGGAAACUAUAUUUGAUUUUAAGAAUAUUUUUCUCCAAAUGGUAAAUUCAUAAGUCUUUAUUGAAAUUCUUGUACCCUUUAAAGGGAAAAGUUCACUCUGAAGAAGAGUUUGUUGUAAAAACAGCCGAAAAAAAUGAUAAAAAAUAUUGGUGAAGGACUGAGGAUAGUCCACUGAUUAUUAAGAAUGUUAUAAGAAUUUGAAGUGUUGGAUUUGUGACAUCAUAAAUGAGCAGCUGUCGCAUACGUUAUGUAAUAUGAAAUGCAUACAUUUCAAUUUUUCAAUGGUUCUUGAUGACAUAUUUUUAUUUUCUCUUUAGGAACGGUUGUGAAAUAAUUUGUCUAUUGAUAUUUCAAAGGUGCAUUAAUAACCAUUUUCAAUCUUCUGAGAAAAUGACAUUUCAUUGAUAUUUUUACCAUGAUAUGUACAUGUAGGAAAGCUGCUCGCAUAUUACGCCAAAAAAAAUGAUUUCUAAUAAAUUUGUUAUUCUUUGAUGGAUUUUUCUCAAAACUUAGGCGACAUUUUUUUUCUCUGCUAAUUUUACAACCAACUUUUUCUCAGGGUGAACUUCGCCUUUAACAAUGAGGGUUUUUUCCCCUUCUUUUUGUCCAAAAGAAUGUUUCUCAACAGUGUUUUGUGUCAUAUGUUAAGAAUUCAAUGAAUAUUACUGGACAAAGACAUGAUUACAUUUGCCUUGUUUACAUUGCAGUAUCAUACUAAAAUGGACCUGAAAGCUGGUUGUGUGCGUAGCUAUAUUUCUUUCCACCCUCUCUUUUGAUCCAUAAAGUGUUAUAUUUCAUUAGUAGGUUGACGAGGCCGUAAACUUUGAUGUUACUAGGGCAAGGCUUGUUUUUGAUAGGGGCUAUUCCUGUAUUACAGCACAAGGGGAAUAUUCCUGUGCCAUUGAGGGGGGGGGGGCACCGAUGACAGUCAAAAAGAUGUCAAUGGCCUUCGCUGAAUUUUAUCCAUGAACAUUCAUGAAAAAAAUGAAAUGAGAACUCCCGUUUUAAGGUGGCAAAUUCCACCAUUAAAGAGUCCUGAAGUCCUUUCCAUGUCUUUUGAAGAAUGGUAUCAUUUGCAAAAGAUGUUCACGGCAAGAUUUGCUCUUUGGAUGCCUUCAAAACGCACAAACCAAUUGAAAUGUUGGUGUCGGACAUUUAUGUGUAGUCCCAUCCCAUCAUUAUCGACAGUUUUGGUGAUUCCAAAAUCUUACAGUGCAUACUUGUUCUUAAGUGUAGGAUAAUAAUCACUUCCUAGUUCCUAAUCACUUUGACAUAGUUUCCUCUACAAUUUGAUCUCAUCACCAAAACUCAUCCUCAACUUGAAAUGUUUUGGGGUUACCUGUUGUAAUAUUUCUGUGUCUUCCGAAGGCUACGAAUGAUUGCAUUUUUUCAAUCUGAACAGAGGGCACAGUGUCUCCCCCAGAGAAGUGAAUGUUAUAUUUUGUGGACGCAUGAUGUAACUAACCAUGAUUUUUCAACCGCCACCAAUGCCAUGUCCCUCGUUUUCCAUGGUUUACAAGAAUAUGACAAGAGUACCAAAGUGUGAUGGCAUUACUCUUUUUAAUGUGUUUCAGCAAUUUCAUGCCCAUGUAUUUCGGUAGAGCGUGAUGAAAAGAAAAACCUCCAAACACCGAAUUUGACAUGGAUCGGUCCAUGGUGAUCCAAGGUAUGGCCACAUGAAUACCUUAUCUCCAUUGAAAUCAGUGGAAAUUAGCUUGGUUCAUUUUACAACCAGGGCAGGUUACACCGAUUUCUGUGGGGUCAGCAGCCAGUACAGUAGGUAUUCUUGUGGCCAUAUCUUAUGUACCCUUGAUCCAGUUUUCUUGAAAGUUUGAUAAUGCCCCAUUGACAUAUGGUAUCCCAAAUGCAGACAUGAAAAAAAAAAUAAUGUGAUGCGACUGCUUCCAUAAAUAAGAAUGUUUUUAUCAAAUGAGACUUAGAAACAAACACAGGCCUCUCUUCUAUUACCCUGACAGAUUGAAGUUUCUUUUUUAAAUCUUGGAUUGUUGGUACAUGUAUGUACUCUGAGCAUGGAGGUACUAUUUGCACUGUAUGUACAAAUUGUAACACAAGAAACAUACUUUUAUUAUCUUUCGAAUGCACUCGGAUUGUUCAACAUGAGAUCAGAAUUUUCUUCGCUGAGAAAUGAAUUUAAAGUGUUUCUGAAUGAAUUGAAUUUUCAACAUUUUAAAAGUGAUUUACGAGUAUUUAAAAUUUGCAAUCACUCUCUGCGGAUGGUCAGUAAAUACUAUACAUGUAGAUAUAAUGGGCUGUGUGGUGAUGGCUAGUGUAAGGAAGGUCAAUUCAUUUCAUUGUUGGUAUUUAAACUGUCAUUUCCCCAAGAAGCGUCAAGUUGCUUUUACAGUGUUUUGCUGUUUAAUAUAUGACAUCUGUUGUCUGUUCACUGAUCUUGCAUCGAAUAAGUACGACACAUAUCUUUUUAAUAUUGAAUUAUAUAUCCAAUUUUCAGUGAUGAAGUAUUUUCAGAAUUUAUUCACAAAUCUUUAAAAAGAAUUUAUUCUCUUUCUCACUUUGAAGCAUGUAUUUCUGGUCCAUAUCCAAUGCAAUAAAAUACGCGAACUUGUGAUUAAAAGAGAUUUGUAAGAUGACGUUUUGAUGGGUUCAUGUUAUGGGGCCUGUGACAUAAAAGAGAUACAAUCAGUAUUUACAAUGGAUAGCCUAUUUUCACUUGUUUUGCCAUAUCAUUAAAAGUUAUGAUUGAUUGUAGAAUUGGUUGUAUUCCUCGUGUUUACAGGGCCCCAUUGUGACAGUAAAGGUAGCCAAACCAAAUGUUUCGUGUGUUUAGUGUGAAUUUGUGAAAUUCACAACCGCCAAAACUGAACGUUUCAUACAAAAGUGUAAUUAAGAUAAAAGAAACCUUUAUAUUCAUGUUAAAGUAAUAUAAGCAAAUAAUUUAUUCCUAUUUUUCAUGUAUUUAUGAGGUAUUGCCAGAUUAUUGCAACAUUUUCUCUGACUACCAAUGCACUAUUUCAGGGUGGCUUGGCUUAAAGAGUCCAUGUACAUGACUAGAGAAGUCAUCAUUACGUAGAUGAAUUCGCAUUGCGUUGCAUUUGCUUCGUUCUGCUUGAGUAGCUGUUGAUUUGACAUUUUAAGACCAUGGAUCUGUAACACAAAGCUUAGAAGCAAUUGAUCUUAUAACAAUUUUAUGAUUGAUAGCUUUGAUCCCAAUUAUAGACGAUCAUUUGUGCUAAUCAAUUGGACAGGCAGUUUCAAAGCAUUGUGUUACAUGACCCUUAUGUUGUACUUGUGUAAUUCAGAUACAUGUGUAUUUUUCAAACAGGUUUUUUUUUUUUUAGUAUUAUUAUCUCCAGCUUGAUAUUGAACAUUGCCUUUAUCCAUAAAAUAUAUCAUUCAAUUACUACCCCCGCCCAACCCCCCCCCCUCCCCCCCAAAAAAAAAAACCACAGCAAAAAUGAUCUGGAUAAUCAGAUGUGUGGUUAGUUAAUGCAGAUUAGAAUGAUUUUCCUGCUGAGCAAUUUCUAAAACAAUGAAAUUAUCAAAUAGAGCAAUUAAAUACAUCUGUUCCUAAUGGUAAACAGAGCCAGCGAUACCCCCUAUGGUUUCAAGCGAUCAACUUUCCCCCAAAAAAAUCUUUCUCAUUCCCAUAUUUAAGUACGUUGUAUUUCUGUGUCACACUUUUUUGAAUGAAUUCCCUGAAAAGCAAGUAUGCAUAUUAGAUGCUGUUAUUGGAAGCUUUUUUGGUCACUCUCUGUUGCUUUAUCUUGUAUUUUGCGCACAAGGUUUGUCAUGUUUUCAAUGUUUUACCACUAUUUUUUUUUCAGAACGGAGUUUAUCGUUGCCGAGACUUUGAAUUUGACAUGUAUAGAUCUGUAGUUUGUUUAAAAAAAUUGUGGCCUUUAUUUUGUCAGAUCUUUUUAAAGGAAGAGAUAAAAAGAGGAUUCCAGCAAAAACUAUGGCCCAAUUUACCCUCGAAAUACUGGUUUCCUCCCAUAUCUUUUCUUGCUUUUGAAAAUUUAGGGGGUUCAAUCGAACCUCCCUCCCCCCCCCCCGAACCCACACACAACAUAAUUUCAUUUUAUAGACCUUUGGUUCAGGUUACCUCGGGCAUUAGGUUCAAUAGAAUAUACAUAGCUCUUUAUCUAAACAUUGGCUUGCAUGUUGAACGUCUGGUUCAAGUUAGGCUAUGGACUAAACUCUGUUGUAAAAUUAUGGAAAGCCAAUAUAAAAUAAUUUCAAAAUUGUAUGUACAUUGUAUGUCUUUACCUUUCCUUAUUCCUCAUGUUUUAUCAACAUGCAAAACUAUUUUAGUAAUUAUUCCUAGUCAGUUCAAGUUGUGAAUGAGUUUAGUGUCAAAUGAGCUGACAAAAUUGAACUCGUACUGUCAGAGGGUUCCAUGAUAUUUGCUCCGGUGACAAUUGCUCCGAUGGAAAAUGUGCACGUUAAGCGAAACAUAAAACCUAACCUACAAAACUAAAUAAACCCUAAUCAAAAUCUUUACAUUGUUCUGAACCAAAAACUCUAUUACAAUCCUAGGUCUAACCCUAUGCCUUUUGAGAGACAUUAAGACCGGAGCAAUCGUCGCAGUAGCAAAUGUCGUGUCACCUGUUAGAGAUGCCCGUCACAAUUGGCUGUCCAUAGUUAACGCUACAGCUUUAGACCAGGGUUUGAAUUAAACCCAAUCAGAAUAUGGGCCAUUGUGUUGAAAAUAUUCAGUCAAUUUUACUAUUAUGGUAUGAAUAUGCAUGUGGCAGCAUACACUAGGAGUACUGUGAUUAUUUUGGAAAUUAUGAUUAUUUGUAAUAACCCAUGUUAGUCACUCAUUUUCUUCCUACAUGUAUGGACUUCCAUGUUUUGGGGAGUGAUACAAACAAGGAUAAGAUAGAUAAUGAGCUCUUGGAUUACUUCAAAGAAUUCACAAAUAGUAUUUUUUGAAAACACUCGGAAUGAAAUGUGUGAACUCAUUUUUUUCCAAUUCAUGUUGUUACAUGUGUACAUUAUCUGUGUUGUAUUAAUUCACUUUAUUUCUCUUUUAUUCUCCUGAUUUUCAUGCCCUCUUCUCUUGCUAUCAAACUUCGUUUUUAUAAAAAUCAUACUCUCAGCUGACUUUGAAAAUGUCCGCAUUUGAUGCUUAUUUUGUCCUGUUUACCCAAAAUUGGUUGUCAAACAUUCUUUUCCAUUGAUUUGACGAAUAUUUUUAUUUAGAUCACAAUGCAUGUCGGGAUAUUUUGUAAUUUUGUAGAAAUGUGUAGAUGUUAGUCUGUUGUACAUGUAUGUUGGGUUUCAUUAUCUCAGAGAUUUAACAUGGAGUGAGUGAUAUUAUGAUACCAUGUUUGUAGGUCGAACAGAGGGAAGACAAUUGAUAUUAAAAAAAAAAAAUACUGACUCUGAUACGAUUGUACAUUUGUAAUAAACCAUAUUGACUGUCAGAAGUUCAAA